AUGGGGCAAAAGCCGAAGGUCUUCCACCACGCCGACAGCGAGAUGGCGGAGGUCGUGGCCGGCAUGAGCACGCUCCAGGAGGAGUUCAAGCCCACCCCGUGGUUGCGCUGGACCCACCUCCAGACCAUCCUCGGCCAGGCUCGCUUCGCGUCGAUCCCUGACGACUGCUACCGGCGCCAGCUCGUCACCAUCAAGGACGGCGGCACCGUCUCCCUCGACUGGUUCACAGGCGAGCGGCUCCCGAAGAGCCACACGAGCGCGGACGACCCGCCCGGCGCCGAAACCUUCCCCGAGGGCACGCGUCCCGUCGUCCUGAUCCUCCACGGCAUGACUGGAGACUCGACGGCGGGGUACUGCAAGUGGAUGUCGUACUCGGCGUGGCGCGAGGGUUGGACGCCGGUGGUGAUGAACUUCCGCGGCAUGGGCGGCAUCGAGCUCACGACGCCGCUGAGCCUGUGCGCGGCGUUCACGGGCGACCUCCCGUGCGUCGUCGACGCCAUCCGCGCCGCGCACCCGCGGGCGCCGCUGCUCGGGGUCGGCUACAGCCUCGGGUCGAUGGUCCUCGGGAAGGCGCUCACGGAGCUGCCCGUGGGCACGCUCGACGCCGCGAUGCUCGUGAGCAACCCGAUCGACGGCUUCAUGGCCCUCCGCAACCUCGAAAAGCCGUUCACCAUCUCGUACCUGUACAACCGGCACCUGGCGACCAAGUCCGUCCGCAUCGCGCGCAAGAACCGCGCCAAGCUGUGGGAGAGCGACGUAGUGCGGGAGUCGUGGCACGCGAACAGGCUGGAGAAGUGCACCACUGUGCGCGACUUCGACAAGGCGCUCGUGGUGCCAAUGCACGGGUACCGCUCGCCCGAGGAGUACUACGCGGACUCGUCCACCGCCACGCACCUCCCGCGCAUCCGCACGCCCACGCUGAUCCUCCUCGCGAAGGACGACCCCUUUGUCGGCCGCAUCCCGCGCGCCGAGUGCAUCGCGAACCCGUGGGUCGCGCUCGUCGUGACGCGCAAGGGCGGGCACGUCGCGUGGAUGGAGGGCUGGUGGCCGUUCAGCCGCCAGGCCUACAUGGACCGCGUGGCAGUCGACUUCUUCAACAACGUCAUGGCGGCACGUGCGAGGGGCAAGCUGUGCGACGCGACGGGGAUCCCGCCCGCGCCUGGAAUGGGUCGGAGCAGCAGCAUUCGGCGCCUGGCGGCGCAGGGCGGCGCGGCGGUCGCGGCGGGCAGCGAGGCGAACACGAUGGUGGCCCCGUCGACGGUGUCGACGCGGGCGCUGCCUUCGGCGGGGUUGUAUCGGUCGGAGCGGGAGUCGACGGACGGGAGCGUCGUGCGACGGGACGGCUCGUCGGAUGAGGAGGGGACCGUGAAGCACGGGGCGGAGCGGCCCGCAGGUGGGAAGGAGGGGGGUGUUGGCGAGGAGCGGGAGGAGUUCGCGGACUGCGUGGAGGAGGUGGCGUCUGAGGAGUCAGGGCAGCCCGCGGGGGGCUGGUCGACGUGGGCUGCGUGCCGACGGCUGCUGCGGCUCUGA